AUGUCCGGUGCAGCUAAACAGCGUCUCCAAGCCCUCAGCCAACAGCUGGUCGAAGGGAUCCCCGACGCCGGGUCCUUCGAGGGCGUUCCCAAGAUCCGGCAAGUCGCGGGGGAUUCAACAGGACCCCGCGUCAAGGGUAAAGUCGCCAUCGUAACAGGAGCAAACUCCCCCGCCGGCAUCGGCCGCGCAACAGCCUACCACUACGCCUCCAACGGCGCUCAGGCAAUCUACAUCUGCGAUUUCACACCCACGCACCUAGAGACCUACGCGCGGGAACUCAAUACCCUCUACCCUUCCGUAAAGGUCCAUACCCGCCAAUUCGACGCGGCCGACGAAGCAGCCACCAAGGCAGUCGUGGACGACGCAAUCACGAACUACGGCCGACUAGACAUCUUCUUCGCGAACGCGGGGAUCGUCGGACAACCGAAGCAUUUUGCCGACGUGUCAGGGGAUGAGUUCAUGAAUACGAUGAGGGUUAAUGCCCUGGGGGUGUUUUUGGGCGUUAAGUAUGCCUCUGCCGCGAUGAAAGUCACCUCGGAAGAGAAGAAGUAUCCCGGAGGAUCGAUAAUCUGCACCGCGUCAGUGGCCGGGCUACGUUCGAAUGCGGGGUCGACGGAUUACUCGGCCUCGAAGGCAGCGGUGGUAUCGAUUGCGCAGACGAGUGCGUUUCAACUAGCCGGGUCAGGGAUUCGUGUGAAUGCCAUCUGUCCCGGGUUGAUCGAGACGGGGAUGACGCAGGCGGUGUUUGACGCGGCGAGGGAGCGCGGCACGCAGCGCAAGAUCGGCCAGUUGAAUCCCUUGCAGCGCGGUGCUGUGGCGGAUGAGGUUGCGCGCGUGGCGCUCUUCCUGGGGAGUGAUGAGAGUAGCUACGUCAACGGACAGGCGUGGGCGGUAUGCGGCGGAUUGAGUGCAGGGCACCCGUUCGUGCCGGGCAAGCUGGCCUAA